GGGACCGUGCGCAGUGGAGUGACACGCAGGCAGCUCCCUCUUCCUCCACCUUCUUUCUACCGCACUACCACACGGCUCAGGCAACUGAUAAUUUACCUCGUAUUUAAUCGUCUGGUGCUCCAUAUAUGAAGAAAUCAUGGUAGGCACUCGUGUGUAUGUAGGCGGUCUCAGCUAUCGUGUGGGGGAGAGAGAUCUUGACAGAUUCUUCAGAUCUUACGGCAGAUUAAGAGACAUUGUUAUAAAAAAUGGAUUUGGUUUUGUGGAGUUUGAUGAUGAUCGUGACGCUGAUGAUGCUGUCUAUGAAAUGAAUGGGAAGGAGCUUUUAGGUGGCAGAGUCACUGUGGAGAAGGCUCGUGCGGCACCACGUAUGCGCUGGCCUCGGGCUCCACCACCAAGAGGAUUUCAUUCCAGUCGAUUUGGUAUGGCUGCUCGAACAGAUUACCGUCUGACAGUAGAGAACCUAUCAAGCAGAGUGUCUUGGCAGGAUCUCAAAGAUUUUAUGCGACAAGCUGGUGAGGUUACAUAUGCAGAUGCUCAUAAGUACCGGAGAAAUGAAGGUGUGGUAGAAUUUGCUACGUAUGCAGAUAUGAAAAAUGCCCUGCACAGAUUAGAUGGUAAGGAGUUACACGGAAGACGUAUUCGCCUAGUGGAUGAAUCCAAAUCCCGAAGCUCUAGACGAUCUCGCAGAUCAAGGUCGAGGUCAUCCUCACGUUCCAGGUCACGCUCAAGAUCACGAACACGUUCCAGCAGGUCGCGCUCCCACUCCCGUUCCCACAGUCGCUCCCGUUCAAGGAGUGGUGGCCACAGCAAGAAACGCCGUUCAAAGUCCAAGUCAAGAUCUAAGUCUGGGUCACGUUCAAGAUCAAGAUCUGGCUCAGAGAGGUCAAAAUCUAGGUCAAGAUCCAGGUCUCGCUCCAGGUCUCGUUCCCACAGCCCUACUCCAGAGAAAAGAAAAUCACGUAGUCGUUCAAAAUCUGCAGAAGCGGAGUCAGAUUCUGAGGAAGAGAAGUAGAGAAUCAGAGUUUUCCUCUGGUUGUGCAGCAUGUGCUGUCAGUACAAUUGGAUAAUAAUCCCAUUCAGAUUAAAUUGUGUAUGAUGUAUAUUUCUUAGCAUUUCUAAAGUUGUAGCUCCACAAGAGCUGUAUAUUUUUAAUGUUAAAUAUACACAAUAAGGUCGACUCUUUCUAAAGUUUUCCUCCUUGGUUUAAAAAAUGAACCAGUCUUAUCACUGCCAUUGCAUUUGUAUCAUAUGAUUGAUUUUAUCAGGAUGGUAAUGGUCCCAACAUAGUUUACAUCAGCAAUUCUGGUUUUCAAUUUACCUCCAAAAUCACUGAAUUAAAAAUUUCAAUAACCAAGGGGUGAAACACAUUGGAAGCUGACACGAAGGUAACCUUGCUUUCAUUUGUUCUAAAAUAUGUGUCAGUUCUGUCUGUUGGCAAAAUUGCAGUAAACAGGUGUAGUAAGCCUCAUGAUAAUUAUGUAGGGAUUCUUAUCAAAGGCUUAAGUUAUCCCCACAGAGAAGUACAUAAGGGUUCAACAUUCUGUAGAGUUCUUGAAAAAUAAUCUUUAGUUGACAUUUUUUUCAGCAUAUUGGAGUUAUGCCUCCUGAGAAGGAUCUAUAUUAAAAAAAAAUUAUGGACUUGUAUAGUGAUUUUUUUCCUUUCUCUUAAGUCUUGAUUAAGAAGUUCAUCAGUAAAGCUAGACUCCAUUUCAAUUUCAGUUAUGUAAGAUUCCUGAUUUGGUGAUUGUUUAUCUGUGAAGGUUAAUACUGUAGUUACCCUCUUAAGUAGAUUUUAUAAUUGCUAUUGGCUUGUUAGAGGCAUUUUGUAGUGCAUCUCCAUUGAUGUAGCUGAAAAAUGUCUUGGUUUUUCGUAGUAAUGGGGGGGAGAGUGAGAAAUGAAUGGUAUCCACAAUUUUUUUAUGUACAUAACAGUAGGGCAUUUGAGAGGUUUCUGUGAAUGUUUUAUGUCAGACAGUGUCUACUAGGAUUAAUGAGGCUAACCUGUACAAGUAACAUACUUUAGGAUAGUUUUAUGGCAAUGCCAUUUUUAAAUGUUCAGGGGUUAAAUAGUAUCACAUGUUGAGUGUGUACUUGAUGCAGUGUAUGUACUGGUUAGGUAAAAUCUAUAUGAAGUGUCACUAUAAUUAUAUUUAAGUGAUAUAUAUAUAUAUAUAUAUAUAUAUAUAUAUAUAUAUAUAUAUAUAUAUAUAUAUAUAUAUAUAUAUAUAUAUAUAUAUAUAUAUAUAUAUAUAUAUAUAUAUAUAUAUAUAUAUAUAAUUAUAAAAGCUAUGUAGCUGUGUGAACAUCCAUCCCCAUCACUCCUAAUUGCAUUUCCUUCUCUUUAAUCGCCUUUUCUACCCGCCGUCCAUUUCAGACUUUUACAUUCUUUGUUAUUCAUUCACUUCCCAUUCUCUCAUAUGUCCAUACGUCCUUAUUAAACCCUGGUCAGCUUUGACAUUAUUUCUACAUCAUUGUUUGAAUUCUCUAUUCUUAUUGUCAGGAGCAGUUUUUUCUAACUUUUCUUGCAUCCUGUUUAAUAUUGUCUGCUUAGCAUUUACUCUGUAUAUCCUCUCUUUUGCUAAGGUAUGUUUUACUUAUGUUACCUUUAUUACUCUAUGAACCAAAUUGUUACUCAUUGAUUCAUUAGCUGGGAAGUAAGUUUCCAGUUUUCUGAAAUGCCUUGCUUCCUCCUUUCAAACUGACAUUUAUAUCCCACUGUAUUUAUUUUCAUCCCUCCUUAAUGUCAUUUAGUAUCAGACUUCCAUACUAAUUCACUAAAAUUGUAACUUUUUUUCUGUAUCAUCCAACAGGACAGCAUCUGAUACACCUCUAAUUUGCUUCCCUCUCUGUCUUGCUUUCACUCCCACUGGAAGCCAAUAUAUCAUCUUUUCUUCCAGAAGAUUACCACACCUAUUGUGCAUACUUUAUUUUCAGGCUUUCCUGUUUUAUGCAGGGUGGCCAGAAACUAGAAAAAAUUUACGCAUGUCACCGAUUCAUUCUUAGCGCUGUAAUUACAGUAAUAUGUUCUGCUAUGAUUCUACACAUUCACAAGAUGUCAAAUAUCAUUUACUUUUUCUUCACACAAGUCAAUACUACUUGCCAGCAGCACAAGCCUUAUAAUCACACCACAUUGUACACUCGUGGAUAAUCCUCCCUCCCUCACUUAGGUGUAACCUACACUCCAUCCUUCCAUUUCAUUCUUGGUCUUUCCUAAUCAUUCCUAUCAUCCAUAUCAAAAUUAUACUUUAUCAUUAGUUUUUCACUUUCCAUUCUCACAAUGUCGGUACUGUAUUACAUGAGUAAACCUUAAUAAGCUUUUUGUCCAGCACUGAGCUUUAACUUCUACUACAGUAGUGUGUGUAAAAUUUUACUCGCCUCAUGAAGGUUUUUAUCUAACAUCACAUAAACUGUUAUACAGUAUAUAUUUUUUGAAAUGUGUGAUACCAGAGCCUAAGGUUUAGAAACCAAAGAAAGAUUAUUUAAGUUCGUGGUUUUUUUUUGUCAUUUGUACAGGUUCUCGUGUAUCCUUUCCACCGCUACCUUCUCUGCUCGUGAUGUUGGAAGUGGAGGAGUUUUGAAUUUUACUUUUGAAUUAUUCUAUUUGGUAUGUGUAAGAUGUCAUCUCCAUUUAGAAUAUAUGUAUUAAUGUUAAUUUAUAUUCGUCAUAUUGUUCUGGAAUUAUAACUGCAUGUACCAGGUACUUGCAGAUGUCGUUAAUGCAAUGAUCAGUAAUUUCAUGCCAAUACAGUACAGCAACUACCUAGGACCUGACCAAGCUUUUUGAAAACUUAUCAGGUCUUAUAUUUAUUGUACUGGUGUAUUAUUUUUAUAAUAAUAAUACUGUAAUUAUUAGUUUUUAAAAAGGAUUAAUUGAAACUGGUGGUGUGCGUGCGUGCACUAAAUUUAAUACUUUCCCAGCAAUGUUGUAAAGCACAUGACAAAACACAAUUCCUAAGAAAAUGGUGAUCAUUGUAUUGCAGUCAGAAAAUUAGUUAAGUCAUUUGGAUGGUCAAGUAAAUAUUUUGUAAAUAUUAAUGCUUGAAUAAAUCUUGUGUAAAUUA